AUGACAGACGACCUGGUGCUUCCGGAUCACUCGCCGUUCCCGCCGCUGCAACUCACGUUCGAAGAGCAGCAACAUUGCCACGACUUGACUCUCCAGCUGCUUGAGCGCACACUGCAUAGCUACGACGAGCGUCUCGCUGGCAUCACCCCGCGACACCAUGCAAGUCUCGAUAGUGCACGCUGGAAACUACAGAAGACCCAGGAAAAUGCGUCACUGUACUCGGAACGCAUUCGACGCGUACGGACAGACCUCUAUUUACCAGAAGACAAGUGGGAGGACCCCACCGUGCUCAUGAUGGUCGGUACGAUCCAGGCACCACUGGACGAAGUCAUGCUUGGCAUGGCGAUCCCGACCUUUGAAGCUCUGAAAAUCCGGGUAGCGACGCUCGGGAACCAAGAUAUUAGCGGCGCCAUGCUCGCGAGACUCAUCGGUGCUACGGACGCGCGACCGUUCCAGAAUUUAUCGAUCUUGUACAUGGCCAGUCGCUUGCCGUGGCUUGUUAGCAAAGUCGUGAAACCUCGAGACUUUGUGCUGCUGUCGGCGUCAGGGAUCAUCACAACAGCAGACGGCGAGCGAAUUGGCUAUGACCUCUUGCAACCCGCCCCAUUGCCACAGUGCCAGCCACUGCCGAAACCCAUGAUACGUGGCAAGUACAUGAUCGGGUGUUUGUAUCGAGAACAGGAAGAUGGCCAUGUCGAUCUGUAUAUCCAGCAGUACCUCGAGCCACUAGGGAAAGUGUUCGACUCGUUCGUGAUCUCUGGCACGUGGCAAGCGCUUUUGGGGUUUCUCAGCUCGCCGAUGCUGGCCGAAAGCAAGAAGUUGCAGUGGUGCAUGGCGGACUGGGCAAGUGUUCGUCGGAGAGGAUUGGGAACUGAACUCUUGGGUCACUCAGUGAGUUGUGCUCUGUGCUCCAUGGCUUUUGGCCGGGGCACUCAUAGCCACAGCAGUGAUCAGCAACGAUGUGUACUCUGCUUGGCCCCAGUGUGCUCGAACUGUCGUGAAAGUCGAGUCUACAAGGUACUGAAGCAACAGCUGAAAAAGAAGAGCACGACCGAAAAACGUCAAGUAUGCAUCUGUCGACCGUGUCUCGAGUUCGUACAAAGGCAGAAAGCAGCAGAUGUUGCGAGGUAUAGCGUCACGGAUUCAACUACCCCAGCUUCGCACUCUGCUGGACAUGACAGCGAUACCGGAAGGAGGACGUGGGGACUUGUUGAUAGCGAUUCUGUGCCGACAUGGUCGCCAAGUCAAUCCCUGUCGGUGUCAAGCGAGUCGUUCGAGUCGUUCAGUUGGUAG